AUGUCGUUCCGGCCAAUGUUCUCCCAGGUUGGUCCUUUUCCUUUCGAAAGGGAUGAUCUCUCUGUUAACGUGAUGCCCCCGUGGUUGCAGAGAAAGCCGAUCUACGAUGACCUCUCCACGGACAUUCCGGACCUGGACUUGCCCAAGAAAGCUGCCCCUGUUGCGCCUCAGCCGUCCUUGUCUCCUUCCUCGUCCUCAUCUUCUCCGACUCCCACAGAUAUCUUGACGGCCCAGAUACGGCAAGCCCGUCUCUUCCUCUACGAUCAUUCCCUUGCUGUCGAGAACUGCUUUAAUGACUUCCUGUCCCGGGCCUUGCACGUCGAGAAUGCUUUCACCAACACCGUCGCCUCGCUAGCGCCCUCCCCGGACUCCGGAGAGCGUUUGCUCCCUGGAGGAGUCUACGUGGUCGUUGCCGCCAUGGCCGGUUCGAUUGUGUCGCGCAACCGGGGGAUCCUCCUCCGUACCGCCUCGCCGCUUGCCUUUGGCACUGUUGCGGCCUGGACGCUUCUGCCGGUGACGAUGCGUAAUGUCUCCGACCUGGUGUGGGAGUACGAGAAGAAGGUUCCCGCCUUGGCGGAGCAGCACCUCCGUAUCCGGGAAAAGGCUGAGCAUAUCUGGUAUACGGGUAUCGCCCACAGUGGAAUGGCGCGGGCCAUGAUGGAAGAGAAGAUCGGUGAUACCCGGAAGAAGCUGGAGGAGCUGGUGAGCAAGGGCCAUUAA